AUGGGGCACACCCAGGAUCUCAUCUUGAAGUCCAUGGAGAACUUGACCAUCAAUGAGCUCAGGAAGUUGAAGCUCAAACUUUUCCCUCAUCUAUUAUGGGAUGGUUUCAGCUGUAUCCCCAGAGGGGUUCAGCUUCCCCUGGAUGCCUUGGACUUCACCAACAAGACAGUCAACUUCCACCUGGAGGACUAUGGGUUGGAGUCUGCAGAGGUGCUCAGGGAGCUGAGUGAGCUACAGGAGGCUGUCAGUCUCCAGGAGGCUGUGAAGUCUGCCUCAGGAUGUGUCUCAGAUGGAAAUGUAGCCCAGUCCACUCCAGUUCCAGCCCCAACAUCCACUCCAUCAGUUCCCUCUGUCCUAUACCCACCAUGUGGACAAGUAUUGGACAGAUUUCCUCAACUAUGUCAUCCAACUGGACCCUGUCCUAGACAUAUUGUAUGGAAAUGUCCUCAGCAAGGAACAAUACCAAGAAGUCAGGGCUGAGGACAGCAAUCUGGACAAAAUGAGAACACUCUGCAGCUUCAUGGCAGACUGGGACCUCAGCCACAAAGACCUGUUCCUUAAA